UAGCCCUCUCUCUCUCUCUCAUUACAUAUUUAAAACGCGCUAGACUAUAGUGCCAUGAAAAAGAUCUUGAUCAACAUGUACCCAUGUUUUCUUAAACUGAAUAUUUCAGUCUCCAAUAGAUAAAACCCUAGCUUCUUCUAUAUCAUAAUCACCAAUAUCGAGAAGACACGUGUAAACCCUCAAAAGAAAUUAGCUAGUCCUAGAUAGUCUAUUCCUCUCACUUUCCCACUUCUUUUUCUUUUUUUCUCACCCUAAUAUCGUCAUCCUCCGCCAUCUUUCUAGCUCUCUCUACACACCCAAAAAGAGAAAACCCUAAUUACUUUCUCCCUUGGCCAUGAAAACCGAAGUAAGAGGAAGCGCUACAACAACGUCUAUUUCUCUACAAAACCCUAAUAACUACAGUAAUAAUACUAAUAAUCUCUUCAUUAACACUCCUCAAGGCUCUCUGGCAGGGGCCCUUAGAGGGUGUCUAGGAAGCCUUGAUGGGGGUUGCAUAGAGAAGCUUUUGCUUCACUGUGCGAGUGCUUUAGAGAGAAACGACGUCACUUUGGCCCAACAAGUCAUGUGGGUUCUCAACAAUGUGGCCUCCUCCGUCGGUGACCCUAACCAAAGGCUCACCUCUUGGUUUCUAAGGGCACUAAUCUCAAGGGCAUCAAGGAUUUGCCCCACUCCUACGAAUAGUACUACAACAAGUACGACAGAGAUGAGCUUGAGCAGAUCAUCAUCACCAUCAUCAUCAAACGGCGUCGUUCAGAGGAGGUUGAUGUCCGUAACUGAGCUAGCUGGCCGGUAUGUUGACCUAAUCCCCUGGCACCGUUUUGGAUAUUGUGCUUCAAAUAGUCUCAUUUUCAAGGCAAUUCAAGGGUACAAUAAAGUUCAUAUAUUAGAUUUUAGCAUCACUUAUUGUAUGCAGUGGCCUACUUUGAUAGAUGCCUUAGCUAAAAGGCCUGAAGGGCCUCCUUCCCUUCGAGUUACAGUCCCCUCGUUUAGGCCACCGGUCCCUCCUUUGCUCAAUAUGUCUUGUGAAGAAGUUGGUCUUCGUUUAGCCAAUUUCUCAAAGUUUAGACAAGUACCCUUUGAAUUUAAUGUUAUUGGAAACUCAUCACCUAACUAUUCCUCUAACUCUCCUAAUUCGUCUCCUGAAGUAGUUACCUUAAGUAGUAGUAGUAGUAGUACUAACGAUAUUGUUAGUGAUGAAGAAUAUAAUUCCUCUACCUAUCAAUUUGAAUUGCUUCUAACUCAUCUUAAUGCUUCUUCACUAAACCUCCAAGAUGAUGAAGCUUUGGUUGUAAAUUUCCAGAACUGGCUACGAUAUUUGCCUGAUAUAGGUCCAGAUCAUCAUCCCCAUCAUCAUAAAGAUAUUGGUAACAAUUACAACUACUCUUUACGUGACACUUUUCUCAACGCUAUUAAAGGCCUUAACCCAAGAAUUGUAGUUGUGGUUGAUGAAGACUCUGAUCUAAACGCCUCAAGUCUCACGUCGAGGAUAACAACAUGUUUCAACUAUCUAUGGAUACCCUUUGAUGCCUUGGAAACUUUCUUACCAAAAGACAGUUGCCAGAGGAUUGAAUACGAAUCAGAUAUCGGUCACAAGAUUGAAAACAUUAUCGGCUUCGAAGGGUUCCAAAGAAUAGAGAGGUUAGAGUCCGGUGCUACAUUGUACCGAAGAAUGAGAAACGCAGGUUUUUUGAGUAUUCCAUUUAGUGAAGAUACCAUUAAAGAAGUCAAGGCUUUGCUUGAUGAACAUGCAAGUGGGUGGGGCAUGAAGAAGGAAGAAGAAGAUCAUAUGUUGGUGCUCACAUGGAAGGGUCACAACUCGGUUUUUUCAACAGCUUGGGUCCCCAUGAUCACUAACUUGGCUGAGGAUUCCAUGGGUUGAUAAUUUGUGGCCUACAUAGCUAGCUAAGUAAGUGUCUUAUUGAUUAAAAAUGUUACGCAUGUGGGAUUAAUAGUACUUGCUAUCUAGCUAAUGUAUUAAUUUGGGCCUACCAUGAUGAAAUUUUGGGAUAUCUAAGAUUUUCUUCAUUUGUGGUCCAUUUUGGUGAAGAGGAAGUGACAAAAUAAAAUGUUUGUCUUUUGAUUAAAUUGUCAGGAAAAAAUUGAACUGUCAAAAUAAGGCCACAAGAAAAUUAUGAAAAGGCCAGGGCAGCAUAUAUAUAUAUACAUAUGGGUUUGGGCCAGUUUGUAAUGAAUGUUCAAUCGCUGCCUAUGAGCACAUGAAAUAGAAAGAAGAGAAAGAGUACACGGUUGUCUUCUAAUAAUAUUGUAUAUGAGACAAAUUGAGUCAUAGGCAUGCAUGUAUAUAUGUAUUAUUUUGUCUUCUGAUGAUCAUUAGCACUCUGAAGAGUCUUUUGUUUUUUUUCCCACUCUGAAACAGCUUCUUUAAUAUUUUAUUAUAAAUAAUGUUAUUACUAU